AGAAGUGAAGUCAGUCCCCUGGUGGUGAAGUCCAGUAAAACAGCGAAGCAGGAGGAAAAUUUUUCUCUUCCUCUCUGGCUUUUCUCUCUCUCUCUCUCUUUUUUCUCCUCUGUAGGAGCCACCUCCUAUUCUCUCAACUCUUUUAGCAUAACCUUCAAAGGAGAACGUUCCCUUCAGACGUGAUCAUCUUGUUUUCCCCACUGAGAGAAUACCUCGUAGCUGCAAGACAUUUUUUAAGUCUAUGCAGGACUUCGGGGAUUUGGUUAUCCUGCCACGGAAAUUGAUCAUUGCUGAAGCUUGGGACUCACAGUGUGCUAAAUUAGCUACCAGAGUAAGCCUGACCGAGGAAGGCUUUUAUCAUAUACUCUUCUGUUCAGUUUGAACACAUUUGCUUGAAAUUUGCCGCAUGAUGCUGUCCAGGGAAGCAGCUUUUUUUCUUGGGAUGCAGCAAUUCGCUGGUUUCUAAGCUUAUUGCAGAAGAAGAAAAAAUCUUAGAGUGGAUUUUCCCCCGCCCCCCUUCGCGCCCCCCGCUUGAUUCCACUGAGCUGUGUUGCACCGCGGUAAAGAUCACCUGUCACUAAAUCUUUGAGGAAGUAAAACAAAGUGAAUUAUAAUUAUUAUUUAUUUAUUUUUAUUAUUUUUAACCGGCGGAGGCGGCGUGAUCACGGAGAAUGAGACUGAGAGAUGCUGCCAGGGCUUGGAGGAGGAUAAAGCUGAGUUUAGGCUGGAAACUAAAAGACUGAUUGUUUUUUGGUACAACUUGCCCGGUUCCUUUUCACUUCCUUUAGUUUCGCUUCAUGGACAGAUCAACAAACCUGGACAUUGAGGAACUCAAGAUGACACGAGAACAGUACAUACUAGCAACACAACAAAAUAACCUGCCAAGGGCUGAGAAUGCACAACUUUACCCAGUGGGAAUUUAUGGAUGGCGAAAGAGGUGCUUAUACUUCUUUGUCCUUCUGCUGUUGGUUACCAUGAUAGUUAACUUAGCCAUGACAAUUUGGAUAUUGAAAGUGAUGAACUUCACCGUGGAUGGUAUGGGAAAUCUGAGAGUCACCAAGAAGGGAAUCCGACUUGAAGGUAUAUCUGAGUUUCUACUUCCAUUGUAUGUGAAAGAAAUUCAUUCCCGAAAGGAUAGUCCACUGGUCUUACAGUCUGACAGGAAUGUAACAGUGAAUGCAAGAAAUCACAUGGGGCAGUUAACUGGACAGCUGACAGUAGGAGCUGAUGCUGUGGAAGCUCAGUGUAAAAGAUUUGAAGUGAGAGCAAGUGAAGAUGGCAGGGUGCUGUUUUCUGCAGAUGAAGAUGGGAUUACCAUUGGGGCUGAAAAGCUGAAAGUUACAGGCACUGAAGGAGCAGUGUUCGGGCACUCUGUUGAAACGCCUCACAUCAGAGCAGAACCUUCCCAAGACCUCAGGCUUGAAUCACCAACCAGGUCCUUGAUAAUGGAAGCUCCCCGGGGGGUCCAGGUGAGUGCCGCAGCUGGAGACUUCAAGGCUGCCUGCAGGAAGGAGCUCCACUUGCAGUCCACAGAGGGGGAGAUAUUUUUGAAUGCGGCUACAAUCCGGCUGGGAAACCUGCCGACCGGCUCUCCUUCCUCUUCUUCACCCAGCCCCUCCCACUCUCGGCAGACAGUGCAUGAACUGUGUGUCUGCCCCAACGGCAAACUGUACCUGUCUCCAGCUGGGGCCGGGUCUACUUGUCAGUCCAGUAGCAACAUCUGCUUGUGGAGCUGAACUGACUGAUUUCUCCUCACACCAGAAUAGCCUUUUGUUCCCGUACGUCUCCUUCACAGUUCUGCUCCGUUUCCCUCGUGAUCAGUCCAGAGUUUCUCCAAAUGGUCCACAGAGCAACUCCUUCCAGUGUAAGCAGGGAUUCGCACCACCUUCUCUCGUGAUUUUCUGUACUGCUCAACACGGAGAGGGUGAGUGACAGAACAGUGGAAAAACCAUCUUCAGCAGGAAAACUGGAUCAUAACUUUUGCUCAGAAGGGAGAAUAACAUAGGUGCCUUUGCUACAUGAAGUGAAGCACACAGUUGUAGAUUUUUGCAGGACCUGGAUGUGGACUGCCACAUAUACAUGACAUAGAUGAAAUUCCCAGUAUCCAAUGGCAAGAUGAAAUGGUUAACCCUGUAAGAAAACUAGUUCUACAGUCUGAAAGCACAAUUUUCCAUUCAUCUUUUUGGAUGUAAACUUUUAUCCCUGAAUUUUAAAAUUUUAAAGCAUUAUGUAAUGCUUGCUUUACUAAAAAUUAAAUUCAAUACAUGGUUUUUAACAAAACAAGACAAGACAGAAUCCCACCCUGAGUUUUAUUUGUUUCUUUAAAUUCAAUGUGUUGUUACUCUUUGUCUACUAACUCUAGAAUUUGGUACAUUAGGUAAUUUUGAAAGCUCUCAGCAAUAGAAUCUUUACAGAAUUAACAAAAUGCCAUUAUACCGUCAUUUGUCAGAUCUGAACGGCCUUAUAUAGUAUGUACUUGGCUAUUGCAUGUGACGUAUUUGCUUUUAACCAAACAUCCAAUUGAUUGCAAUAUAAGGUAGGAUUAAGAGGGACCUACCGAUGGUGUGGAAUCCAUAGAUCUUUUUUUUUUUUAAUUCACAUGAUAUCCUUUACAGCUAGGUUCUAAGAGUACAAUUUUUGUUUGCUUCAUUCACUUUAUACUUGACUCGGACUGCUAAAAUUCAAACAUCCUCUAAAUAAAUAAAAACUACUGUGAUGCCUAAUGCUGAGAAUGAAUUCACUUUCCAUUGGAAUAUCAUCUACAGAAUUAUAUCUAUGUACUUUUUAUUGGAGAUUAAGACUUAAGGGUGGUAGAAAUUAAAGUGAAAAUCCCCGCUUAAACAGUAAGACAUACAAAUGUUAGCGAACGUGUUGAAAAUGUGUUUACUCCAUUAGAUUCAUAUUUUAAGGAAUUUAGUCACAUUCCUUUGCAGCUCUUAAUAUUUGAUUACUUUUGUUAGACCGCUAAGCUACCCCGAAUCAGAGAGCAUAGUUGCUUCCGUCCUCUGUUGCUUCUUUUUGUAAAUUAGCUGCUGAUAAAUAACUCCAGAAUACUGCCCACGCAUUUACUACAACACUGCUUAACUCGAACUCUCGCACCUUAUAGAACCCAAGAACAUAAAAUUGUAUUAGCUAUUUCCUGUUCUGGGAAGAUGACUUGAUUACUAUAAGGUAAGUCUUUCAUUUUCACACGUCAGUCCAUCUUUUUCUCCCCCAUGCACACACGAUUACAGGUGUGUGGAAGUUUUCAGUUUGGAAGUCCGUGACUGUAGAAUCUUUGGAGUUCAGGACUCUGCAGGGUGAAGUGGGAGACUGGAAUUUAUAGAAAUAAUCUGAUUAGCGAAAGUAAGAAAUUUGAGUAAGGCAAGCAACAAAGUGAACCAUUUGACCAGAAUUCUCUUGUUGGGAUAACGUAACACAUUGAAUACCUGAAAAACCUCCAUUUCACUAAAUGUAUUCUGUACUCAGCAGAAAAGUCAGAAAGCUAGUGCAGUUUUAUUACUCUUAAAAUAGAACUUGUGUUUGGGGGUUAUUAUAUAAACCUUAAGUCAAUAUUGGAGUAAAAGUUAAGAUGUGCAAUGGCUUAAAAAGUCAUAUCCUAACACAGGAGUUUAAUUUAUUUAAGCUAAAACAUUAGAAGUUACUACGAGAAAUCCUCCCAUUGUUUUUUGCAAAAUAUUCACACAAAGUAUAACACAAGAAAUUUUGAUAAAUUAUGGGUGCUAAUCACUGUACAGACCUUUUAGGCAAAUGCUAUGUAUUAAUUUGAGACAUAUUCAAGUUCUAAAUUAAAACAAUGAGAAAGUUUCUUAGUCAAAUGGGAACAAUUCUUUUGAUUAGUGAUUAGCCCUGUUUCUAAUCUCAGCUCUGUCUUCUACUAAUCAGUAAACUGAUUUAGGCAGUCUGGGAAUAUCUCCAGGCUUCAGUUUACUCACCUUUGCAACAAAAGCAUUGAAUCAAAUGGUCUCUUAAGAUUUCUUCCAGCUCUGACAUGUUCUAAUUCCAAGAGCAAAUAUUAUAGAAGGUGAAAGGGGACGUCGAAAUUGUAAACUAUAUGUCAUGAGAGGAGAAAAGAUAAAAAGUGUUAAAACCAAUUCCAGUGAGGGGCUGUCAAAUUUUGAAUUCACAUGUAUUUUGAAAUGUUACAAACGCAAUUCAAAAGAAAUGUGUAAGAGAGUUAGACUAUGUCUAGAUGAUGUAAAAAUAUCUGCUCAGUGUGGUAGAAAAACAUAGCAUAGAGAUACAGGUAGCUUUCCUACUCAGCACUAAACGGGUGGUUUAAAUUACUUGACUUGCUGUUUUAGAUUCCUUAGAAUCUAAGUAUAAACUCAGCCUCAGAGUUUGGGCUUCUAUUAAAGGCACAGAAGAUUGCUCUGAAAGGUCCUUAAUUUCCUCAUAAAGAAGGCUUGAUUCUUUCUUGAUACAGAGUUUCUUUCCUUAAUUGCAGACUACCCAAACAGAUUCAUUAUCUGUUUUUCCAGUACCAUUUUUGUGUUACAAAAUACAUACAGUGCAGUUUACUUAGAUGCAAAUUUCAUUUUUCCCAAAUUAAACUCAGAAAAGUGAUUCCUUUCAAAUGUAUUACAUGGACGCUGAACUUGGUAUCCAGUUUAAGUGGAGAAGGCAGGCAAACAGGCAGGAAGGAAGGAUAGAGAGAAGGAAGGGGACUGACAGCAUUCCUAGCCGUUUAAAUUCUUAGCUGAGAAUGGACAGAGAAGUAUUUGCGCUCAUGUUUUGAGAUCCAAAGGAGAGAAGCAGAAAGGACAAAUUAUUUUUUGUCUUUCAGAAUAUUUCAGUAAGGCACUUCCAAAAAAAAAACUUCCAAAUCUCCUCCAAAAUUUCUAUUCUGUACUUCUUGGUCCUACUUUUUUUCUCUUAUUUUAUUAUGAACCAUAAGCUGUAUAAUCUGGUGCAAAACUGUUUAUCUAAGAAUUUAAGAUAAUUUUAUGCUUCAUAUUUUACAUUAACCUGGAAAUCUUAGAUUUCAGUACUUCACAUCUCUGAAAAUGGAGCCAGGAGUUCCAGGUGUGUUUCUGCCCCUCUACCUACUCAUGUGACCUUAAGAAAUAUAUUUAAUUAUCUUGGUCACCAUUUACUUCUCUUGGGGAAGGGUACGCCAAACUAGAAGUUUUCUUUGGUUACCUUCAUCUCUAAAUGUCACUGAUUCCCUUAAGAAAAGACUCAGCAAUCUUGAGUUCAUUACCCUGCUCUGAACUUGUUAUUAUUGACCUCCUUCUAUACCUAGACAUUGUUGUUUAUAAAUGUUGAAAUGCACAUCUUUCCAGCAGCCAAACGCUAUUUUUUUCUACACUCCCUUUCUUGCUCUAAUCAUUUGAACGUCAACGUCCCUUUCAGAAAACGAUGCUUUGUUGACAGGCUUCAGUAAUAUGGUUAACAUUAAAGAGAAAAAGAAUGUAUUUAGGUCUUAUUAAAAAUGACUAUUUAGGAAAUUAAUAGAAGUAUUUACCAAAUAUCAAUACGCUGUUGAUCAUUCUAUGAUUACUUAUCUCCAUCAAACUAAAAAGCAUUCGUCUUUUGAAGAAAUGGUAAUUUGAUCACAAAGGUCCGUUGCUGAACUCUUUGUAACCUGUUAUGCCAUUCAAAAUUCCUACAUAUUCUGCCAUUUGAAUUACUCAGUUGGACAGUGCCUCAUUUUAUAAAACUGACAUUUGAUACAGUAAAACUCCUAAUGAAUUAUAUCACUGCAAACCUGGCAUCCCUGUAUGAGGCAGCAAUAGAUAGAGAGAUUGAGGGUGUUUAAGGCAUUUAAGUGCUGUAUUUUAUAGCAGGUAAUAUCAAUAUCGUAAUAUUAAAUUAUUAAAAUAGUUGAAGAUAUUUAAUGACCAAAUUCUCUAUUUAGCCAUCAAAACCAAACUCACAUUCGAGUCUCUUAUAAGUGAGGUCUUGUCACCUUAUUCUUCCAGUAGCUUUGGUCUAAUUAGAAUUGCUCAUGUGACCCUAUUUAAAGAUACUUGGAGAAAUGAUUUUCCUCUGUGUACUAGUGUAUAUUAUAGUAAUGAAUAUUGCAAAAUGUUAUGAUCACAAAGUAAAAUAAUAUUGCAUUUUAAUUCUUUUAAAACAAUCAUAAACUAAUGAAUGACCUCAUUGAACACUGUUAUUCAUAUUGUUUUAUACUGCGGUUCAUUAGUUGUUUAAAUGUCAAAGACCAAAGACUGGGAUUUCUAUUGUAUUUAACCCUACAACACUGCUGCUUCUACUAAUUUAUUCAAAUGAAUAGGAGGGCUUAUAAUUACAACAUAAGGUAGUAAACAUCCUCCUUUGCAGGAUUCUGAGCUAUGGAUCAUGAUUAAUGCUUUUGCUUUAAAAGAAAAAAUGUGUUAGUGUAAUUCACGUACCUUUUAUACGUGCAUAAUAAACACCUUGAUAUUCAUAAAACCGGUAUAUAAAGACUAUAUCCUAAAAUGGGCCCAGGAUGGAUUUAGUUUAAACUUUCAUUGCUUGCUAAAAAUCCUUUGGAAAAUAUAAUUAAUUUGAAAUUCUUUUAGAACCAGAGGGCUAUUUUUUUAAGUGUUGAUUGAAGCGAUUCCAUUCUUUGAGAAAGUCAGUGAAAAACAUUAAAGGAAAUGAGGUAUAAUGAGCUGCGAUUCUUUUGAUUUUUGCAGUCUUAAUAUCUCCUUUGUUUGAAUAUUCAUAAAUAAAAGCCAAACAGGGUUAAAAAUGUGCAAGGACAUUUACUAACAAUGGAAAUAUGUAAUUUCAAGUUUGCGUGUCUCGUUAUUUAUACAGUUCUUUAAACCAGCUCCACUACUCAUAUAUUUUGCUUUGUAAUUUUCAUGUAAAUAUUUUCUUGUAUAUAGAGAAAUAUGAAAAAUGGAACUAUUUUCUUACACAUACUAUGCAAUAUGUUUGUAAAAUUGCAAUAUUACCAAAAUUACAAAAGCUGUGCUUUUGUACUCUAUCUCACUUUAUGUAAAAUCAAUCUUUUUCUAUUUAAAUGGACUAUCUGUCCCAUAAAUUGUAGAUAACAUAUCUAUUCAAAACUCAGUCUAUUGUAUCUUUUGUUUAGUUUGGGGUGGAUUGGGUUAUAUUUCUUUUGGGAGAAAAUGCAGCAAAGUUUGGCAGUAGGAAACUUCUUUUUUUUUCUCAGAAAAUGAGAACUUCGAAGCAUGCAAUGAGCUCAUAUGAUUUAAGAUCU